CGCGAAAACCGUCCCGAACUUCAACCGGCGCGAAUCCCUUCAUCCAGCAAGAAACCUCUGAAAGAAGGGCCCUUUUUGCUGUCACAGCCCUCGCCAAACCUCAGCCUCGCGUCCCCUAGUGUUGAAACAUCCCCCGAUACGAAACCGCUGUACAUCCACACUCUUCCAAAAUGCGCUCAGCACUCACCACCGCCGCCGCCGUUCUCGCCCGGUCGACCCCCAGAGCAUCCGCCCUCCUUCCUUCAAUACGCUUCUCCUCCUCCGCCUCGACGACAUCAGCCCCCGCUGCCGCUGCGAGACCGUACGUCAUUGGCCUGACCGCCGGCAACCAGUUCCCCGUCUACCCGAGCACAAAGGCCGCCGGAUCAUCCAAGUUCACCGUCGUCAAGAAGAUCGAGGGCAACAAGAAGGCCUUCGCCCAGGACCUUGCCCGCGAGGCAGGCUUCCCUGCUGAGGAUGUCAAGCUGAACCCCGUGACGGGUCACGUCCAGAUCAAGGGCUUCCACGUCGACAAGGUAAAGCAAUGGCUUAGCACCACAAUGGGCAAGUCUGCCGCUGCAGCAUGAAAAAGGCAUCGAAUGGAGGAGAGCGAGGCUGUAUAAUCAAAAAAUGUAUCAUACCAUUGGGGAUAAGGAGGAAGGGGGGGAAUACUUUGACGGGUGCUCUACGAUGGGAGCAUGGCCGAAAGCUCCGUACAAUACCCAAUACCGGUAUCUAUGGCAAAUGUACUAUUAGCAUCUGAAAUGGGCACUGAAUCAAACCAAGCAAUGAACCACAUGUAAAGAAGACUAGUGCCUCCCAGGUGACGACAUUCAUCCUGUCUGAUUCAUUAUACUGUCUGCACCUGGCGCCUCGUCGUGUUCAGACAGUCUUUGGAGGGAUUCUGCAUUGCCGCGUCAUAUACACCUAAGAAACAAAUGGCCCCAUGGCCAAGCAGCCUCGCUCCAUGCUCCCAGUUAACUCCCAACCACUCGCCCAAUAUCUUUUUUUGGUUACAACACUUGUACAAUAUCUGCACCAUACUCCCAACGAUGGGCUGGAUGUUAAACCUCCUUUCAACUGAAUGUCCACAUGGUAUAGCAACCGCUCCUUUUGAAACAAACGUAGACGCCGACUGCCUGUCGAUGCCAUGCAAAAUCCUGAAAGUCGUGAAUGUCACUAUCUCAAGAGUCCACUGACGCGUAAACCGCAAGGUUCCGGAUCACGCCAUCCUUGGUCCAUUCCGGCGACCGCAUCAGCAUCAUCUUGAAUAGGCUUUCCUCUGAAGGCAACGAAUCCGCGGGGACAGACGACCUGGGGUCGUUGGGAUCGCGGGCCUUUUCUGCUAGUCUCCGCAGAGUCGAGAUACCCGAGGUCGCAAUGUAUACAAGCCCCGUGUCGCGACCCGCGGGGUCGCCUUGGCCGCUGCGUGUUUGCCACGGCUGCUCGAACUGGGCUCCCAGCACCUGCACAAAAUGAUACAGGGCUUGCGCAAACCCGUUGCCGCUGGAAAGCCAUGACUUGGCAACGCCUGUUUCGUACCCUGGGGCCAGGGAGGCAAGGAUAUCCGCAGCCAGGAGGCCCUGCAUCAACCACGGCUUGCGAUCCUCAACGAGCCGGAAGAACCGUUCUGGAGCCUCGAUGUGUGCCACGGCGGAUUCGGGCGACUGGAUGGGAACGACAGUCGUAGCGAGAGCAAAAGAACGCGUCAACAAGUCGUACGGCGGACUGCUGCUAGCAUCCAUAGCAUACAGCAUCUUGUAGUGUGUUCUGUUGGGCUCGUCUCUGGCCAGAAAUCUGGCCAGCGCGUCCACGGCGUGGAAGGUGUACGUGUGGACACCAGGCUGAUAGGGCGGGAAGUAGAGCUUGUCAUCCAUGGUUGUUGGCCCUGGGGCUGGCGCAAAAGCCAGCAAGAAGUGCAAGAGACACAAAGCCUGCUCGCGGCCGGGAAUUUCAACCGCGCCCGCAAUGUUGGACAGGAGGAUGAUGGCGUCCUUCAUAAACUCCAGCGUGUUUGCGUUUGUCCGAAACAGCAUGUUCCUGGUGCCGAGAUACCUGAUGACGACGCAAAGGAACUUAAUCACUAGCUCAUCGCCCAGCACAAGAUGGUUCUCGUUGGAGGCCUCAGGAAAAGACAGGUUGCGCAGAAUGGUGAUGACACAGGAGAAGCGCUCAACAGCUCGGUCGAGCUCGUAGUCUAGCGACCCGAACUUGGGCAGCUCCCUAACACCCAUCUUGUCGGUCCAGCAGGCGCGUGCCACGUCCUCGUAGGGGGCCAGCUGGAUGUCGGCCGAAGCCUCUUCUGUGUUCUCCACAAGCAAGUCCAGCUGUUCUUCGGCGCACUCGAGAAGCGCUUCAAUGAGUUCCUCGCAGUACUUCAGGUGGAUGUGCAGCGCCUGGUGCUGGGUCGCCGUAACGGUCGCAAGGGUGUCGAGGGCAAGGCGGACUUCGCCGUGAAUGCCGGAUUCUAAACUCCGCGUGAGGGCAUGCAGAUCUACAUACCCCAGCUCGUACGGUGGGGGGAUGUCAGGCUUCAGGCUUUGGAGUUCCAGACCCUUCAAGUCAAAUGCCCGGACGUUGAUUCCGCCGUAGGUCUCGAGAGGGCGAGCGCUCGGCGUGUAUUCGUCGGAUUCGUGGGCCAGUCGCAGCAUGCGGGGUUUGAUAGACGCCGCCAUCAGAUUUUGGUCCAUCCCAGGAGGCGCCGCCAUGGGCAUCCCUCCACCUUUGACGGAUGCUGGGGACGCUGAGGGGAAGGCCUGAGGAUGGCCUGGCGUUGGCUCGACGCUCCGCGAAAGGCUAUUGCGGGCGUGGCCCUGCUGCGCAGUCGCAGGAGUAUGUGGCCCUGGUGCUUGAGGAGUUUGGAACCCGUUGACCGACGGAGGCUGGCCGCUGAAUGACCCUUGCUUGACGGGAGUCUGGACCUGCUGAGGAGGCAUGUUCGGCUGACCUUGAGGCAUCAUUGGCUGCUGGGGCGGCAAAUGACCUUGUGGGGACAUUUGCUGCUUCGUAGGAGUCGACUGAGGUUGGGCACCGGGCGGAAUAGGUAGACCGGGCUGACCGGGCUGACCGGGCUGACCGGGCUGACCGGGUUGACC